GCUGAGAGUGAAACAGCCGUGUGUGUGUUUGGAGCUUGAGAUUCAGACGCGCUGCACAGCGUCUCGUCCCGAAACCCUAGACGACAACCAAGAAGAGUCACUUGGAAUACUGCCCGCAGCUCUAAUGUCCGAACACAUUUCUUUCCUGAGAAAACUUGCGUGUGUAUGUUUUUUCUUCUUCUUCAGUUAGGGCACAAGCAAAAACACCGCAUUUUCACAUUUUAAAAGCAGCUGUCUUCUCGGAAGGGGCCGCACCUUCAGCUGAACAUCAUCCAGUGAUCAUGCUGGAGUGAGGGGACACAGAAGAUCUAUAUGAUCUUUUGGAUGUGAAGUUCUACAAUUUGCUGAGUUGACGAGAUCAAGGAAGACUGGAAGACAAGCGAAGAAGUGAAGGAAGGAGGGACGGAAAGAAGGAAGGAGUUGGUUGGACUGGCUAAAGGGGGAAAAAGAAGGGCUGGAUGCUAGCCUCUAUUUAUUCUAGAAGUUCCCAGGUUCCUCAGAGAUGGCCUCCAACUUCAAUGACAUUGUCAAGCAGGGCUAUGUCCGCAUGCGGAGCAGGAAACUGGGGAUCUAUCGGCGCUGCUGGCUGGUGUUUAAGAAGUCGUCCAGUAAAGGACCUCGUAGACUGGAAAAAUACCCUGAUGAGAAAUCAGCCUACAUCAGAGCCUGUCCUAAGGUGACAGAGAUUAGUAAUGUGAAGAACAUCACAAGAUUGCCUCGUGACACGAAGCGGCAAGCUGUGGCCAUCGUCUUUACAGACGACACCUCUCGAACCUUCACCUGUGAAUCAGAGCUGGAGGCUGAAGAGUGGUUUAAAACCUUGUCUAUUGAGUGCCUGGGGACACGUCUUAAUGACAUCAGUCUUGGAGAACCAGACCUCCUUGCUGCUGGAGUUCAGUGUGAACACACAGAGCGCUUCAACGUGUUCCUGUUACCCUGCCCUAAUCUUGACAUCUACGGAGAGUGUAUGAUGCAGAUCACGCAUGAAAACAUCUACCUGUGGGAUAUUCACAACCCUCGCACCAAGCUAGUAACCUGGCCGCUUUGCUCUCUGCGGCGCUACGGACGGGAUGCUACACGCUUCACCUUCGAGGCUGGCAGGAUGUGUGACAGCGGGGAGGGCCUGUACACUUUCCAGACACGAGAAGGAGAGCAAAUCUACCAAAGGGUUCAUUCUUCUACUCUAGCUAUAGCUGAGCAGCAUAAGAGGGUCCUUUUGGAAAUGGAAAAAAACAGCAAGCUUUUAUCUAAGGGUUCAGAGGGGACAUCCUACCCCUGCACACCGACAGCAAUCUUACCACGAAGUGCUUUCUGGCACCACAUCACCGGAUCUCAGGCUGGGGUGGACUCUGCCAACGGUGAGAUUCAAUCACAUCCAUAAGUGUGAUGUAUUUGUUUCACCAGCCAUAAUAAUAGUCUGCCAGAAGUAUUGUUGUUUGCAAAGAGUGCUCCUAGAACAUGUCUUAAGAAAUACAAUUUAAUACAUAUCCUUUCAAAGCAGCUUUACAGAAAAUAAAUGUGUCUACAUUACAGUUUAGAGUGAUCUGUUAUCUAUAAGAGAAUGAAUUCUCUCAAAAACAUAUUUACUUGUGAAUUACUUACUUGUGUUAAGUCAAGUCACCUUUAUUUAUAUAGCGCUUUUUACAAUACAGAUUGUAUCAAAGCAGCUUCACAGUGAUAACAUGAAAAUAAUUCAAUAAAGUUUGUUUCUCGAAGAAAAUUACAUCAUCGUCCACCUUACUAAAAUAGUAAACAUUGAUAAAGUGAGCAUAUUGAACAAGUAUGAACUUAAAACUAUAUUAUUUGAGCUACUCUGUAAAAAAAUAUUGUUGGUUUAACUUAAAAAAUGAAGUAACCUGGUUGCCGUAAAUUUUAAGUUCAUU